CCUACACAAACUAACAACUGUGGGCCACUAUUGUGAAUUGUUUCAUUGUGUAUUUCGACGACAGAUAAUUUGCCAAAAAAUACAAAAUGGCCAGCAUCGCCACCAAAUCUUCUGGUUUAAUCAACAGACUCUUGGUCCAGGCUAGACCCCAAUUGGACACCUUCAUGAAAUACGCCAAGGUUGAGUUGACCCCACCAACUCCCGCUGACAUUCCAGCUAUUCGUCAAGGCAUUAGCCGUUUGGUGACCGGAGCUCGCACUGGUGCCUACAAGAAUGUUUCCGUACGCGAAGCUUGGCUCAACACCUUGGUAACCAUGGAAGUUAUUUUCUGGUUCUACAUUGGUGAAUGCAUUGGCAAACGUCACAUUGUCGGUUAUGAUGUUUAAGCGAAAUCAUUGCAGUCCAACAAUUACCAUCUAUCUCUAUUAAUUCAGCGUGUUUGGGGAGAUAAAACUGAAGUUGUAUUCUAGUUUGUAUUUUUUCCAAAAAUAAAGAUUUCUAUGUUUAGAGUUAAAAAAACAACAAAUUUAAAUGCUAAAUGGAAAUGGCGCUUCAUAACUACAACUGUUUCGUUGUUUCUGGAGGGGCAUUGAAUUUUAAAUAAGUUUUUUGUGUGUUAAUUUUCAUUGUGAAUCUAAUUCCGAAAAAAUAAAAUGAAUUUCAUAAAAAC